UAGGGGUGCAGUACAUCAACCGUUUAUUCCAAUCUGACCGCUCUUAUUUUCCCCCUUGAUUCUUUAAAUAAGAAAGCUUUAUGUUUCCGGAUAAGUACUUCCAUAGACAUUGCACACCACACACUAACUGGAUUAGAGAGCAGGUAGAUUGAUGGAGGGGCGAGUAGACGGCCUCGCCGCCGGCAAAGGUUCGGCUCUCCAGCCAAACCUACUCCCUCCCCGAGCAACGGUCCGGCGGCUGGACCUCCAUGCCCGCGUGCUGCGCCGUGGCCUAUCCCCAACUUCCUAGGAUCCGUCGCCGUCCCUGGGUUCACCCGCCAAUGUCGUGGACGGCAGCUACUUGGGCGCCGUUAACCCUCCCUAGGCUGUGCCGCCCGGCGCCAUCCACCUCGACAAAAUUUGGACGCUUCCUCCCGCGACGGGGAUCUGACGGACACCCAUGCCGCCGCCGUCAAAGAGGAGCGAGCUAUUCUUCCCUCUCUCUGGUGCGUGGGUGCCCGCCCCUGCGGGCGCUUCUGGAGCUCGCUAGAGGCACAUGUAAGCUGUUGAGACAUGUGAUGCGAAAUUUACGGCAGAAGAUUGUUUUGGGGGCAAGCAGUCUGCAAACAAAUGUUCGGUUCUUGAGAUAUAGCUUCAGUUCUGCACACAGUAGUAGAUGCAACUGCUUGGGAAGCUAUGUCAAGGAAGUCAUGCAUGAAAAACUUCAAUUGUUGCCUAUCUUCCGAUCUAGGAUCUUCCAAAACAAUGUUUCCAUGGCUGUUUUGAAUAGUGCCACUUCGUGCUUCUCGAGUCCAUCGCUUCAAAAUAUAUUGGCCUCUAGUCCUUUCUACAUGCUUGAAAAAACGAAGAAUGUCAAGAUUGGACUUCAAAUAGUCUUUCAAGUCACUAUUCAAGCUCUCACUUAAUUGUGUGCUUUUCAUGCCUAGAGUGUAAGCAUUCCUCAUGUAACAUCUUGCCCAUUUCUCUUUUACUUUAUUGAUACUGUCCAACCAAGUCUGUGUAUCCACAUUGAUUCUUAUGGCAGUGAAAGCUUCUUCAAAGGCUUCCUCUGUAAUGCCCCAAGAGUGUAUCUUUCCCUUUUUGGAACCUUCUCUAUGUGG